AUGAUCGAACACAAGCACGGAAUGAAGGUAUCUGGUGAAGAAUACGCUUCUGCUUCCAACCGGUAUGUGGAGAUGGCAUGCAAAGGUGAAGACAACCCAAUGAAUGCUAAAGAAGAUGCAAUGGUUGAAUCAGAUGUGGGAGAGUACGAUAUCGGAGAUUUGAACAUCUGCCUAAACCUGAAGUGCACAAGAUUAAUUCAUAAAAUAGCUGCAUUCAUAAAACGUGUAUUAGAGAAAACUGGUCAUUGGCAGAUAGCCAGAGUAUUUCCUCUGACUAUGGCUAUGGAUAUUCUUUUGGUUAAAUACCGGUGCUCACACGGGUCGCGGUUAAUUCCGGGAAUAUCGUCAUUAUCUCCACUUACAACAAUAUUUCCCCUAUUUAUUGUGAUUAGUCUGUCUGCUAUAAAAGAUAUAUAUGACGAUUACGUGAGGCAUAAGAACGAUGACGAAGUCAAUAACCGACAUUGUUUAAUUUUCCGUGAUGGAGAAUAUUCCCCUGUAAAGUGGAGAGAUGUGGUAGUGGGUGAUAUUCUCAGACUCUCAAGUGAAGAGAAAGUAGAAACAAACUUGAAGACUCGAAAUGCUCUUCCUUCCACUGUUCAGAAGUUCGCUUCUUCUAAUUUGGAUGAUUACCUUCUAAAAGUGUCAUCAGAACUGCCAAAUAAAAUACUUGACAAAUACGAAGGAACUCUUCAAAUGCAAGACGAUUCCAUAUUUUCAUUAAGCAACGAAAAUGUGGUUCUUCGUGGUUGCGUAAUUCGGAACACUGCUAAUGUAGUUGGAAUGGUUAUUUUCACUGGAUGUGACACAAAAAUUAUGAUGAACUCUGGAAAACUCCGUUUAAAGCGGACACAUCUUGAUAUGUACGUCAAUACAGUCAUCAUGCAGUGCAAUCACAGUAAAGUCUAUUUUAUCUUUCUUCUCUUUUGUUAUUAUUAUGAAUGCCAUAAUCCCGAUUUCUCUCUAUGUGAGGUCUGUUUUAAUAUCCAUUUUCGUAGUGUUGAAUUCAUUCGUUUUUGGCAGUCACUUUUUAUUAACUGGGACUUGAGAAUGUGUGAUUCUAACACGGGGACUUUCGCCAAAGCCCGAAGCACUAACCUUAUUGAGGAAUUGGGGCAGAUUCAGUAUAUUUUCAGCGACAAGACCGGCACCCUAACUCAAAGUCGAAAGAAUGGUAUAAUUGAAAUCGAAGUCAACGGGACUUCACUUUAUUUCGAAAUAUUGGCAAUCCUUGACUUUGACAAUUUCCGAAAAAGAAUGUCUGUUGUAGUCCGUAGAAAUGGGAAAAUCACGUUAUUCUCGAAAGGAGCCGACACUACGAUAUUUCAGCACUACAGAACAACACUUAAAUGUAAUAGUUAAUGUAAUUUGGAGGACUUUGCUUGUUCUGGACUCAGGACUCUUUGCUUUGCCUAUAAGGAGAUUAAAAUAGAGGAUUGGAAUCGAUGGUUUAGUGACUAUUCUGCUGCCAGUUUGUCUUUGACUGACAGAUCUGGGAUGAUAAAUCACUGUAUCAUGGAACUAGAGAAGGACCUGAUUCUUUUGGGUGCCACGGGAAUCGAGGACAGAUUACAAGACAACGUGGCCGAUACUAUUUCGUCAAUUACUGCUGCAAAAAUUAGAAUUUGGGUACUCACGGGAGACAAAUUGGUGAUUUGCUGCAGAGUCACGCCCCUACAAAAGUCACAAGUAGUCUGCUUGAUCAAAAAACACAAGAAAGCGAUAACACUUUCUAUCGGAGAUGGGGCCAAUGAUGUCAGCAUGAUCAAAGGUGUUGCGAGAGUUGAAUUUACUUUAGCUGCCGAUAUUGGAGUUGGUAUAUCUGGUAAGGAAGGAAGACAGGCAGUGUUAGCUUCAGAUUAUUCUAUCAGCCAAUUCUGCUUUCUCAAGUAUCUCCUCUUGUAUCAUGGACGUCUCUCAUAUUUUCGGAUGUCAGCUUUUUUGUCAUAUUUUUUCUACAAGAGUUUCAGUUUUGCAUUUGCCCAGUUCAUUUAUGCAUUUUUUUCCGCCUUCAGUGCUCAAGUCUGGAGGUUUUGUGAUUUUGUAGAUCUUCUAUCAUGUUAUUUUUAUGGCAACCUACAAUUUGGUUUAUACUUCGGUUCCCGUGCUUGUCAUGGCUAUUCUGGACAAGGUAUAUUGUGCUCAAUUAUCUUUCUGGAUGUUCUUAACCCAGAAAUGGCCACUGAUCCAAAAUUGUACGAUUCAGGUCUAAGAAAUCGGCUCUUUAACAAAAAAAUAUUUUUUCUGUCGGCAUUUGAGGGCUGUGUGACUUCACUGGUUAUCACUCUCUUCACAUACCUUGCCUUCAAUGACGGGGUCGAUUUAAGCGGGAAAACAAUAGAUGAUCUCUACACAGUUCAACACGUGGGAAUGACUUUACUCACUUUCGUGGUCACAUUUAGAGUUUUUUUGGAUAUUUGA